UGCUAGCUUUGUGAAGGGAUAAUUUUCCCAAGUUGUGUGCACUACGUACAGUAUAUUCUCCAGGAGAUUUCAUGCAGGUAACAAAAGCUAACUUUAUCAAACAGGCCAUUUUUCUCCGUUGGCUUGUUGCAAUUUUGUAAAGUACGUCUCUCCAUUUCUAUGGCUGGGCUAGAUCUGUAUUGUCUACCUUUAAUUAAGCUGGUUCAAGUAUUCCCCUUGAUUCAGAAAGUGAGUAUAUCAAACUCGGUUUAUUUUGCUUCCACUCAUUUUUUUCUCAGUUUCUGGUUCAGUGGGGUGUGCUGUGCAGGACUAGUUUUUAAGGUAGUGAUGGUUUAUCAUCUUAAUGUUUGUAGCUAAAGACAUGUUGGGAGAUUGGGGGCCAGGACUGACCAAGAAAGAGAGGUGUAGAAAAAUAAAACACUAAGUAUGCUUAUAUUAUAUGCUCAGCCUCUCUGGUGCUAGCUGUAGAUAAAAUAUUUAUUAUGUGGUCACAUACAAGAAGACUCAUUGAACCGAGGGCAUCUCUGGUUUGGUGAUGAGUUGCUGUCUUGGUCAGUAUCUCAACCACCUUGGUAUGACCUUGGUCUUCAUUCAGUAGAGCAUUACUUUUAAUUAAUUUCUUCUUAUGCAUAUGUAAAGUGGUCCUCAUUUAAAAGAACUCUCGCCAAAUAUAUCCAUGCUUGCUAAGGAGAUGACAAUCUUUUUCCCCCAAGACAGAUCCUCAGAGUUGUUAGAGUAUGUUGUAGUAGAGGAAUGCUGACAUAACAUGGAUAAAGGAAUGCAAGAAUCUUUUGUUCAAUAAGAGAAAGUAAAGAACAUCUCAGUCCUGGGAAAAGAGGAUUGAGAAGGAUAACUGACUUGAUUCCACAUGAUGUAAGAGGGGUCAGAGGGAGACUUUGGCAGGCUUUCAAGGUUCUGUUAUAACUUACAACAAUAGAGUUCUGCAUGGUAUAAGAGAGGACAGAGGGAAACUGGUGGGUUUUCAAGAUUCUGUCAUAAUACCCUACAACAGUGCAGUAGAGUCCCAGUAGUCUUUCCAGUGUCUGUUUCCUGACCUGCCUGUCUUGAAGGUUUGAAAGUUGUGCAAAAAAGAGCUACACAUUCUCCCCGCAUAGCCAUGUUCUUAGCCAAGGCAGAGUUUCCAAAGAAAUGUCUGCUCACUCCUCUUCCAGGCGGGCAGAAGAUAAUCUUGGGUGCUAACUGCUGCCCAGAAUUGUUGUGGGUUUUCAUAGAAUCCUCAUGUAGGAAGGUGCCACUGAAGCUAUCUAGGCUAGCCCCCUGCAUAGUGAAACCCAAAUUAAAGCACCCAAACAGAUGGCCAUCCAGGGUCCACAUCUUGCCCUCUCUCUGUGUCAUGGUUCCACUCUGCUUACCCCAGGAUGCGUUGUAAAUACACGCUGGUUGCCAAGUGCCUGAAUUUUGAUCACGUAAUCAUGGGGACGCUGCGACGAUCGCAAGUGCAAGGACUGGUCAUAAGUCACUUUUUUCAGCGCCGUUGGAACUUCAAAUGGUCAUUAAACGAAUUGUCAUAAAUUGAGGACUACCCGUAUGUCACUAAGACCAGUUGGAAUUAAUUGGUGAACUUACUGGCUCCCAAAUUUUGAGCAUAGUGUAUGUUUUCAUAUGUGAUGGUGAAGUUGACUUGAGCUCCAGCUAGAAAAAAAAAAGCCUAAGGGUUGGAUACACUUGCUUCCAAAGAAGUAAAUUAGUAUCCCUGCUGGAGAAGAUUUCCACUUAAUUCUCCAUUUGUGAAAAUGGGAUCCCAGUGAAAUGGGAUGGUUCAAUGAACUUUUGCUUCUGUAGGUGUUCUCUAAGCUGGAGUUCCUCAUCAAAAAUUAGCAGUCUGGGCAGAAGAGGACCUGUCAUUUUGUGGAUUUCUAAGUGGAUAAAAAACAGAAAACUAAGAUAGGAAUAAAUGGGCAAUUUUAUAAGCAAAGUCCCCCAAGGAUCUGUACUGGGACUGAUGCUCUUAACUGGUUCAUAAAUGAUUUUGCUUUAGGAGUAAGCAAUAGCUGGUCUAGAUGCUAUCCUAAGCAUCAGGAUAGUAAAAUCCUCAAAUAAUUGAGAAAAGUUUUAAACCAGGUGAGUUAUCCACCAAAUAGGAAGUGUUGUUCAAUUUAAGCAAGCAUAAAACGGAUGCACAUUAGAGCAAUACCCACUAACUUUAUGUACUCAUUGAUGGGUUCCACGCUGUGUCUAACUAACUGGAAAAAAAGAUCUUGGUGUCACUUGGACACCACAACGAAGAUGUCUACAAAGUGGAUGGAGGCUCUCAAAAAGUAAAAGCCAUCCUAAAGAUCAUGAGCAAAAGGAUGAAAAAGCUACCAGAAUUGAAAUGCCUUUAUACAUAUCUAUGGUAUUUCUGCAUCUGGAGCACAGCGUUCAGCUCUAGUUGCGCAUUUGAGAAAGGAUACGACAGCUAAAGAAAGUUAAGCUGCUAAAACGAAGGGGUGCUUGAACACUUUCCUUAUGAGAUGGGUAGAACGUUGUGACCUUUUAGCUUAGAGAAAAGAUUCCUGAGAGGGGGGCAGAAGCUAGGUGUGCAGAAAUCAAGCAUGGUCUGCAGGAAGCGGACAAGGAGUAGUUUAUUCCCUCUCUCAGUACAGUAGGACCAGGCUUAACCCACACAGCUAGUUGGAAAGAGAUUUAAACCAUACAAAAGCAAGUCAUUCUUUGCAAAUUGCAUAAUUAACCUGUGGAAUUCAUUGCUCCAAGUGUGAUGAUGACAACUAACAUGGAUAGCUUUAAAAGAGGAUCCAUGGAGGGCAGGUCCGUUAAGGUCAUGAAGAUAUGAAGUCUCAGUGUUACUUCUGGAUUGGAGUCCCAAGUACCAGUUACAGGAGAGACACGUCUGGUUGACUCCUGGUAGAAAUCAAGUGCUGGACUAGGAUGGGCGUGAUUCAGCAAAGUUAUUGAUGGUGAUGGAGUUUCCUGAUAACAUGUUAAACCUUGAUGGACAUCAGCAUAACGGAGCCCAGUUGAAGCAGUUCAUUCAGAGGCAUAGCAUGCUCAAGCAGCAGGAUUUGAGCAUCGCCAUGAUGGUGACGUCACGUGAAGUCCUGAGUGCCCUUUCUCAGCUGGUCCCCUGCGUUGGCUGCCGCCGGAGUGUGGAGCGCCUGUUCUCUCAGCUCGUCGAGUCGGGCAACCCUGCUCUUGAGCCCCUCACAGUUGGAUCAAAGGGAGUUCUUUCUGUCACUCCCAGCUGCAUGAGAGAUGCAAAAAAACUUUAUACACUCUUCUAUGUGCACGGGUCCAAAUUAAAUGAAAUGAUUGACGCAAUUCCGAAAAGUAAGAAGAACAAGCGGUGCCAAUUGCAUUCCUUGGACACGCACAAACCGAAGCCCUUGGGAGGUUGCUGGAUGGAUAUAUGGGAACUCAUGUCCCAGGAAUGUCGAGAUGAAGUAGUCUUAAUUGAUUCUAACUGUCUGUUAGAAACAUUAGAAACAUACCUCCGAAAACACAGGUUUUGCACCGAUUGCAAGAACAAAGUCCUGCGGGCUUACACCAUCCUGAUCGGUGAGCUAGAUUGCAGCAAAGAGAAAGGCUACUGCGCCACACUUUACGAGGGGUUGCGCUGCUGCCCUCAUGAGCGCCACAUCCACGUCUGCUGCGAGACCGACUUCAUUGCCCACCUCCUCGGCCGAGCCGAACCUGAGUUCGCAGGAGGGUACGAGCGACGAGAGAGGCACGCGAAGACAAUAGACAUUGCCCAGGAAGAGGUCCUGACCUGCUUGGGCAUCCACCUUUACGAACGGCUGCACCGCAUCUGGCAGAAGCUGCGGGCCGAGGAGCAGACGUGGCAGAUGCUGUUCUACCUUGGGGUCGAUGCUUUACGUAAAAGCUUUGAGAUGGCGGUGGAGAGGGUGCAAGGCAUUAGCCGGCUGGAGCAGCUGUGCGAGGAGUUCUCAGAAGAGGAGAGGGUGCGGGAGCUGAAGCAGGAGAAGAAACGCCAGAAACGGAAGAACCGGAGGAAAAAUAAGUGCGCCUGCGAGAUCUCUGCUCCCUUGCAAGCGAUGGAGGAGAAGGAGAUGCGGAGCCAAGAAAAGGAAAAUUUCUUGGAAACCAGCUGCACAGCCUGUGGCAGCACAGAAGAGCGGAGCAGCUGCGUCGAGGUCAUUGUUACCAAUGCGAACGCUUCUUGCACUUGUCCCACUGGUGGCACUUUACUGGGUUCACCUAAAAUAAAGAAAGGUUUAUCUGCCCAUUGUAAUGGCAGUGAUUGUGGCUAUUCCUCCAGCAUGGAGGGCAGCGAAACAGGUUCACGGGAGGGCUCGGACAUAGCUUGCACCGAAGGAAUUUGCAACCACGAUGAAAAUGGUGAUGACACGUGCGUCCACCGCUGCGAAGACAAGGAGGAGGACGGGGACAGUUGUGUGGAAUGCUGGGCCAAUUCAGAAGACACGAACAUGAAAGGCAAGAACAAGAAGAAGAAAAAGAAAAACAAGAAGUGCGAAGCCGAGCAUAUCCAAAAGCUGAAUAGCUGCCUGGUGGAGACAAGUAAUCGAGAGGGGUCAGGCAGUGCCGUGCACACAGAGUUCCACCGAGACAAGACCAAAGACCCGCGUGUCGAAAUCUGUUGUCGCACAGAAAAAGCUGGGCAACCGGUGCCUUGGCUGGAGCACAGGAAAACAGUGCUGUUGUGUGCAGAAUCUUCAGAAGCAGCCCCUGCUCCCGACUCAGGAAAGGGCACUAAGAGUUUGGUGGAGCUCCUGGACGAAUCCGAAUGCACUUCCGAUGAAGAAAUAUUCAUCUCGCAAGAUGAGAUCCAGUCCUUCAAGGCGAACAACAAGUCCUUCUACAGCAACAGGGAAAGGUACCGAGAGCACCUGAAGGAGAAAUUUAACAGAUACUGCCGCUUGAACGAUCACAAGAGGCCGGUGUGUAGCGGUUGGUUGACAACAGCUGGAGCAAACUAAACCGAAUAAAAUUAGCUCUGUCUUUCAGUGAAAACUGUCGAAAUGACUACUGCGCGUUUUCUCUCUUCAGAAAACAUUCUCUCUAGCGACUAAACAAAAUCGUACCUUUUUUUUUUUUAAGAAAAAAAUCCAUGGUUUUCUGUUUCUUUCUUUUCCUUUUUCGUUUCUCUGCAGGAGGCUGGUGGAAUUUUAUCCCUUUAAUUUGGUUCCCCGCCGCCCCCUCCCCACCCCCCAAUUUCCAGGCUGGGUCUAUAGUUUUGCCUAGACAGAUGCCAGCCCGGACCAUCAUAACUUAAAGCCACCUCUUUUCAUUCAAUGUUUCUCUUAACUGUGACACUUAUCAAACAGAAAAGCAACUUAGUGGCAAAAAGUAAUGUUGUACUUAUAAUUCUGUACAGAAAUGACAAUGAGCUCAAUAUAAAGAUUUUACAAAGUAGACAUCCAUUUGCAAAAAGACGAAACAAAAAAGAUGUUCUGGAUGUAAUAUGUUGGAAGCGCAAUGUGCAAAAUUUAAAAAUAAAGAAUAUUUAUUAAGAUGCAUAGUAAAAAAAAGAAAA